UCCCCGGCUCCCCUCGCCCCGUCACAGGGCGCGCUCCAGCGGCCCCCCCGGACAGGCCCCGUUGCUGGGUCUCUGCGGCCCGCCAGACGGGCCCCCUCCCGCGCGGGGAACCCCAGGAGCGGCCCCGCUGCGAUGCGUGAGGAAGGCCGGGCCUGCCAGGGGCUCCUCUGGGACUGGCCCAUCAUAGAAUAUCCGGGUUGGAAGGGACCUCAGGAGGUCAUCUAGUCCAACCCCCUGCUCAAAGCAGGACCAAUCCCCAGGCAGAUUUUUGCCCCAGAUCCCUAAAUGGCCCCUUCAAGGAUUGAACUCACAACCCUGGGUUUAGCAGGCCAAUGCUCAAACCCCGGAGCGAAGAAGGCUGGGCCCGCUGGGGCAGGGUCCUCUCUGGCAGGGGUUCUCAAACGGGGGUCGCAGGGUUAGGGUUGCCAGCUGUCAACCUCCACCCCAAACCCCGCUGUGCAGCCAGCAUUUAUAAUGGUGUUAAAUAGAUAAACAAGUGUUUUUAAUUGAGAAGGGGGGUUGCACUCAGAGGCUUGCUAUGUGAAAGGGGUCACCGGUACAGUAGUUUGAGAACCACUGCUCUAGGGCAACUCAUUCAUCAAAGUGUGUGAGAGAGACUGGAGCCACUCAGCAGCCCAGCUGUCAAGGGGUGCAAAGAAGGCUGGGCCCACUGGGGCUGUCUCUGGGGCUGGCCCUUCAUCGCGGCAUGUGAAGAAGGUUGGGUCCGUUACGGCUUUCUCUGGGGCUGGCCCUUCAUCGCGGCAUGUGAAGAAGGUUGGGUCUGCUACAGCUUUCUCUGGGGCUGGUCCUUCAUCUUGAGGACUGGAGCUGGUAGGGCUGAUCCUAGCAAAACUUCCUCAUUACAAGGCACAAGAAAAUCUGGGUCCGCUUGCAUUAAAGGAUGCUAACAAGUAAUCUUUAUCUUCUAAUGAAUAAGCACGUGCAAUAGACUUUCAGUGAUAUAUUUGUACACUGACUUGGGCAUAAUGUCCAUGGAUAUAACUUUUCUGGGAACAGGCUCAGCAUAUCCAUCUCCAACAAGAGGAGCUUCAGCUUUAGUCAUUCGUAGUGAAGGAGAAUGCUGGCUAUUUGAUUGUGGAGAGGGAACUCAAACACAAUUUAUGAAAAGCCAUCUUAAAGCAGGUAGAAUUACUAAGAUAUUCAUAACUCAUCUUCAUGGGGACCAUUUUUUUGGUCUUCCCGGUCUCCUGUGCACAAUCAGCCUUCAGAGUAGUUCUACUACAAGCAAGCAACCUGUUGAUAUCUAUGGACCAUUAGGACUACGAAACUUCAUUUGGAGAACUCUGGAACUCUCUCACUCACAACUUCUCUUUCCAUAUGUGGUUCAUGAACUGGUACCUACACCAGAUCAGUGCCCUGCAGAAGAAUUUAAAGAACUAUCUUACGUUGACAGAGAUGAAGUCUCUUCCAAAGAAGUGCAAGGGAGAACGCUUCAUCUGGAUCCUGUAGAAAACUCCUACACACUGGUCAACAAUCAGCAAUUUGUUAUGAAAGCAUUUCGAUUAUUUCAUCGUAUUCCUUCCUUUGGAUUUUUAGUGGAGGAGAAGCAGCGGACUGGUAAACUUAAUGCGCAGAAGCUAAAAGACCUUGGAGUUCAGCCAGGCCCUAUAUAUGGGAAACUGAAGAAUGGUGUUACAGUUGUCUUAGAAAAUGGAGUAACCAUUUCUCCUUCAGAUGUCUUGGAGGAGCCUAUUCCUGGAAGAAAAAUUUGUAUUUUAGGUGACUGUUCAGGUGUGGUUGGAGAUGGAGCAAAGAAACUGUGUUACGAAGCAGAUCUGUUAGUUCAUGAAGCCACACUGGAUGACGCCCAAGUGGACAAAGCCAAAGAGCAUGGUCAUAGCACUCCAAAAAUGGCAGCUGAGUUUGCAAAGUUGUGUAAGGUUAAGAAACUGGUUCUGACUCACUUCAGUCAAAGGUAUAAACCAGCUGGUCAAAUUGGAGAAGGAGAUAUUGAUGUCACGGAACUGAAGAGACAAGCAGAAUCAGCGUUAAAUGGUCAAGAAGUAACUUUAGCUGAGGAUUUUAUGACGAUAGAUAUUCCAGGGAAAAAGCAGAAGUAGCAUCUAGCUCUAUAAUAUCACACAAAUUAGCUUGCUGUUGAACUGUGAGUUUACAGCUAGGGCUUCAGGUAUCCAAAUUGGUUCCUCGGUUUCCAGAUGAAGAAGUUGAAUUGCUAAGGUGACAUGCUCAGUUGCUAGAGAAUGACUAAGUGCUGGAUUUACUUGCUAUAGAGUUUUAAGGCUCAACUCUGCAAAAUGCUGAGUGCCUCAGCAACUUUAAUGGCAGUUGAAGGUGUUCCACACCUCUGAGAAAUGGGCCAUUAUAGAAUGGUAUUGCUGUUAACUUGCCCUCCUAGGAAGAAGGGAGAUGGAAAAGCAGAUUACUGGUCAAACUCACUGUCUUAAGUGAAAUAGGUGUGCAGCUACCCAAGCAAGGGGGGGGGGGAAGGAAACUCAUUCUUUGGUUUAUAUAAAUACAACUAUGGAAACAUGGAGACAAAGCAAAAUAUUUAUUGAUCAUCUAAACACUUAGCUGCAAAUCUAAAUAACUUUUAAAAUAAAAUAUAUGGAAUGCCUUUAACUUAUCUUUUUGGAAUUAAGUGUUUAGGUGAUUGAUUCAGGUAUUUAGCCAAACAGUCUGGAAAACUUAACCGUAUAGGCAGAAAUCUUCUGAACACUAGACACUUUUUAUUAGAACUUCAGAUUCUCUAGUCUUAAGUCUUAAAAUAGAAUUUUGCAUUUUUUGCAUCUUAUUUACAGUCCUCCGUGAAUCUUAGUGGCAUACCAAAGUAGAUAUUUUUUAACUUCUCAACCUCUCAUGAGCUUUUGUAUAAAAUAUUUUCAAUAAUUAUUUAAAUGAUUUUAAAGGAAUAUUGGCAUAAACAAACUAAUAAAGUAUUGAUAACUGCCACGUGGUUUGUAAAUUACUCUCAUCACUAAUGUACAGAAAUACUACAAAUUAAUAUGAUUAUUGUAUUUCAUAGAACCAUAAGAUUAGAAGAGACUGCAAGGGUCAUCUGGUCUAACUCCCUCAAGGAUUUAUUGUGUCAUCUAUUUGCUUGAAGAGAUCACUAAUGUCAAUGAAAAUUCACCACACAGAUAAAUGGUUGACUGUACUCCCUAGCUGUUAAAAGGACACUGUAGAUUUAAAUUUGGCUCAGAAUUAAAAUUACAGGUUUUGUAGACAAAAAAAAUGCUGCCUAGGGCCACACAAAGUGUGUGUGGUUUGUUUUUUGUGUUCAGCAUUUUUAAACAUUCUUGUGUAGUGUCUGAAACACAAGCCUGGGUACACUAAGAACCUGCCACUGAAACUGACUUUCAUUGUACAAGAUGAGCAGUACAGUAACUGAAGUGCAUAGUAAAAAACUGAACUAAAAUUUUCAUUAAGAUGUUAAUAACAUAGGUAAAGAAAUUACGAAAUCAUGUCAUUUGAACUACACUAUAUGCAAACUUUUAUAAGCCUAUUACUUGAUAUCAAUACAAGGUCUAAUUUAACAAACCACAUUUGUGAAAGAUUUGGAACAAAAUAAUUUGUUCCAAGCUAUGAUUUUAAAACCUUCUUAUAUAUACUUGAGAAAGAAGUAACUGCAGAGAAAAGAUAAAAACAAAUUCUAGUUAUGGGCCUGUUCCUUCUCCUACUUAGUCCUCUAGAGUCAGGCAUGGCUUGACAGUUCUUUUUCAGACGUUCUGUGACAAAAAUGAGAAUUCCAGGUUUCUCUACCUGUGUAAAAAAUCUCUGUACCAGUAAUGUGUUUUUUGUGCUGUAAACCUAGUUAAAUGUGACAUGUUUUUGAAGGGUCCCAGAAAGUAUCUUAUGCAAAAUAAGCAUUAGUCUAUCAAUAUAGCUGAUAUAAGCAUUACUUUAUCAGUAUAACUGCAUCUACACAAGAGGAGUUACAGUGAUUAACUAUCUUUUUCUAAACUGGAAUGAUUAAAACAAAAUAAAAACUAAGUCCCAUUUUCAAACAUG